AUGCUGACGCCACAGUGGGCCACACGCGAUGCUGCUGCACGUCUUGCUGUGCGUCGCCACUUGCCUACCUCUAAGCGUGCGCACUUUAGCCAGUACAAGAGUGCUCACACCUUGUACGACGCUGUCGUUGCGCGCUACUCCUCCCCUGCCACUGCUGCACUGAGCCGUCUCAUGCUACCGUACCUCUUCCCUGACCUUGCUGCCUUUCCCACAGUCGCUGACCUCAUUACGCACCUCCGCACUAGUGACACUCGCUACCGCGCUGCGCUUCCUGCUGAGUUCUGCGCCAAGAACCCCCCCCCCAUGUACAUCACCCUCUACUACAUAGUCACCCGGCUCCCUGACUCCCUUCGCGUAGUCAGGGACCACUUCCUCUCAGUUUGCCCCACCACUCUCACCGUUGACCUCCUCGAGAAGGCCCUCCUAGCAGCAAAGAAGAGCAUAGUCACUGUAGGAGCCUCUCGUGGUGACCCUCGCACCCCCGUCUUUGAGGGGUGUUCCCCCUCCCCCCUUUUGCCCUCUGUUGCCUCUGCUGCUGCGGCCGACCUCGUUGGUUUCGAGUCGGUCGGCGCUGCGUCUGCCCCGAGCGGGAGACGCCGCACCGGCAAGGGCAAGGGGGGCAAGGGUGCUGGAGGGGCUGGCGGGGGUGGCGGAGGUGGCGGUGGCGGCAGUGGAGGGGGUGGGGGUGGUGGUGGGAGUGGUGGCGGGGGUGGAGGUGUCGGUGGCGGCAGUGGAGGCGGAGGCGGCGGCGGCGGUGGCGGUGGGAGCGGAGGUGGCGGAGGUGGCGGCGGUGGAGGAGGCGGCGGAGGAGGAGGUGGAGCUGGUCGGGGUGGCGCUGCACAGAGGGUCGGCUCCGGUGGUGGUCAGCGCCAGCAGCAGCAGCAGCAGCGGCAGCAGCGCACUCGUGACAUCCCCCCCCCUCAGCUGCUCCGUGAGUGGUACGCUGCACGCCAGCGGGGUGGGGGUACUGGUCCGUGCACCUACGUCCUACGCACCGGCGACCGCGCGGGUGAGCAGUGCGGGGGUGCGCACUCCACCCAGCGCUGCUUUGGCCGCCUGACGGACGCUUGGUGUCACCAGUUCCCUGAGGCCACUGAGAUCCCUCGCUGGGGCGAGCUGUCUAGGGCGGGUGUAGCUGUCUUUGACCUUGACUUUGAUGCUAUUCUUGCUGCCAUGUAUGCUGUGACUAUUAGUGAUGAGGGUGACUGUUACCGGUGUUUUCCGCCCGACCCGGGCAUUGAGACUGCUGCUCUAGGUACUGGUGAGGCUGCUGCUCUAGGUGCUAGCGAGGCUGCUGCUCUAGGUGCUCGUGCGUCUGCUCCCUCACGUGCUGGUGAGUCUGCUCUCUCAGGUACUGCGUCGGCUUCGGCCUCCCACACCUUCACCCUUGACUCGGGGGCUUCUCGCUCCUUCUUUCGAGACCGCACCACACUCACGCCGCUUGGCCGGCCAGUUGCAGUCUCUCUGGCAGACCCCUCUGGGGGUCUUGUCCUUGCUCACUUCUCCACUGUCCUCCCGUGUCCGGCGGCCCCCUCUGGCACCCUGUCUGGUCUUUACCUCCCCUCGUUCUCUACGAACUUGGUGAGUGGUGCUGACCUACAGGAUGCGGGGGUUCACCAGUUCACUCCUGCGAGUCAGCGGGUGACCCACUGCACGGACAGGCCGACACCUGGCCACGUAGCUGCGUCGGGUCAGGUGUUUGCUGCAGCGUCCAGGUCUGGUCCUGAGUCUGCCCCCUGUUCAUGUCGCCUUCUGUCUCACGAGACUCUCCUCUGGCACCACCGCCUUGGUCACCCCUCCCUGCUUUGUCUCCGAGGCAUGGCCUCCCAUGUCCUUGUCUCUGGUCUUCCCCGGUCCCUCCCUCCCCUUCCUCCGGGGCCUGGCCCUACCUGCAUCCCCUGUGUCGAGGGGCGGCAGCGGGCUGCCCCUCACUCCUCCCAGUUUCCUCCGACAGAGGCCCCGCUGCAGACGCUUCACAUGGACGUGUGGGGCCCGGCCCGCGUCCGUGGACAGGGUCACGAGCGCUACUUCCUGCUGGUGGUUGACGACUACUCGCGUUACACCACAGUCUUCCCCUUGCGCAGCAAGGGUGAUGUCACUGAGGUGUUGAUCGACUGGAUCCGCGCAGCUCGUCUCCAGCUCAGGCAGAGCUUCGGCUCGGACUUUCCUGUUCUGCGUCUGCACUCUGACAGAGGUGGAGAGUUCUCCUCUGGCCUUCUGCGAGCCUACUGUCGUGCACGAGGCAUCCGCCAGACCUUCACGCUUCCGGACUCUCCACAGCAAAAUGGGAUUGCUGAGCGCCGCAUUGGCAUGGUCAUGGACGUCGCCCGUACGUCCAUGGUGCAUGCGGCUGCCCCCCAUUUUCUGUGGCCGUUUGCGGUUCGGUACGCGGCGCAUCAGAUCAACCUUCACCCCAGGGUCUCCAUGACGGAGACCUCCCCAGCUUUGCUGUGGACGGGGAAGGUUGGCGAUGCGUCUGCGUUCCGUGUCUGGGGAUCUCGGGCGUUUGUCCGCGACUUGUCUGCGGACAAGCUGUCCCCUCGUGCUGCUCCUUGCGUCUUCCUUGGCUUCCCCCCUGAUGCGCCAGGGUGGCAGUUCUACCACCCCACCUCUCGCCGUGUUCUGUCCUCCCAGGACGUCACGUUUGACGAGUCGGUCCCCUACUACCGCCUCUUCCCCUACCGCACUCCGUCCCUCCCCCCGCCACCGCUCUUCCUUGUGCCAGGUCCCCCCCCGGUAGGCCCCCUCCCCCCUCAGGGUCCUGCCCCUUCAGGUGUGUCCCAGGUAGACGCAGUCGAGCCUGUCGAGGUUACUGGUGACUCUGGUGCUGCUGAGGGUGCUGAGCCUGGGGGUGCUGACUCUGGGGAUGCUGAGCGUGUGGGUGCUACGCCUGGGGGUGCUGAGCCUGAGGGUGCCACUACUGGGGGUCCUGAGCCUGGGGGUGCUGAGCCUGGGGGUGCUGAGCCUGGGGGUGCUACGCCUGGGGGUGCUGAGCCUUGGGGUGCUACGCCUGGAGGUGCUGAGCCUGGGGGUGCGGAGCCUGAGGGAGCUGGGCCUGCUCGUGUGGCGUCUGGCGGUGCUGAGCCUGGAGGUUCUCCGGGUGCUUCGUCUCGGCGGGAGCCACUCUCUCCACAGGAGCUGCGCGAGUGGUUUGCCCGGCGCUGGAGGCGUGCUGCUGGAGCUGGAGGUUCUUCGGCUGCUGAGGGUACUGGUGCCGCGGGUCCCGGAGGUGCUCGUACUGGGAGUACUGGAGCUGCUGGGCCUGCGGGUACGACUGGAGCUGGAGCUGCUGAGGGUGUUGGCGCUGAGGCUACUGCUGUCGGUCCUGGAGGCGGUCCUGCUGGGGGUGCUACUGGUGCUGCUGGAGGUACUGGAGCUGGAGGUGCUGCUGGCGCUGGUGCUGCCGCUGGGGGUACUGGUGCUGUCCCUGCUGUGUCUGGAGUCGCCGCGCGGCCUCGGCCGUACUUCGUUCCACUCCUUCAGCAGGUUCUUGGUCUCCCGCCUUCUACUGGUCCUCCUCCUCCCUUAGAGUGUCCACAGCCUGUCCCGUCACAGUUACAGUUACAGCCGGCCUCCCCACUGCCCGCUCCUUCUCCCUACACUGGUCCUACUGGAGGUCUUGCUGAGCGUCGUGAGCCUGCGUCUCGCCCUGCGUCGCCUGUCCGUGCUGCUCGCACUAGUGGUCGUGGUUCGCGUCAGCGUCCUCCUCCUGUCCCUGGCACGCACCGGAUGUCUCUGCGUCCGUCCACUGCUCCUCUGCGUGCCCCUUUGCCUUCUCCUCCUGAGUCCUCUCUUCCUGCUCUUCCUGACCCGGAGUCGGACUCUCUUCGUGCUGCCAGUCCUACUGUCACGCGUCUCCUUGCUACUGUUGUCACUGACCCUUCCUUUGAGUCCACUGCUGCGUCUGCACUAGUUACUGAGCACGUCGACUUUGCUGCUCGCUGUCGUCUAGACUACGCUGCUAGUCUUGUUGCUGAGUCUGAGUCUGUCUGUCCUCCGUCCGUCGGGGGUGAGUGUGCCCUUGGCACGGACGUCCUUGAGGACAGGCAGGAGGAGUUCCAGUGUUUGGCUGCUGCUUCACCUCAUCUCGUGUCCGUACUGCUUACCCCUGAGGGAGACCCGGAUGCACUUGACAUCCCGACUCCGCGCUCUUACGCGGAGGCGAUAGAGGGUCCCUACUCCUCUCAGUGGCAGGCAGCUAUGGACGCAGAGAUGGCUUCCUGGAAGUCCACAGGCACCUACGUUGACGAGGUUCCCCCGCCUGGGGCCUGCGAAGAUUAA